CGGGUUUCUGUACGUCUGCACUCAAUACCAAAAUACACUAUAAACUGUAAACGGACUUAGUUGAAAAUGAACACCACCCAUACUCGAUAGUUACGCUUCUAAAUAUCUAUGAACAAUGUUCCGUGCGCGAGUUCGGACCAGUCUACGACUCCCAUAAUAGUUCUCUUUAAUCAGUUUUUAAUUAUCGGUAAUCCUUCCUUUAAAUAUUGCCAUUUGUGUAAUCGGCGUAUUAAGCCAUUAUACACAGUUGUUGAUUCAGGCAAAAACCCAAGUCUUACGAUGUCGUCUGAGUCCAGCGGAAAACACGAGAAACGUUUUGUCUGUGAAGUGUGUUCGAAGAGGUUUAAACACAACUACGAUCUGAAGAAACACUCACUAAUCCACACUGGCGAACGGGCUUACAAGUGCGGCGUGUGUUCGCAGUCGUUCAUCCACAGCUGGUAUCUGACCACGCACAUGAAAGUCCACACCGGAGAGAAACCUCACCAGUGUGAAAUCUGUCGCAUGCGCUUCUCACAGCGCGCCAAUUUGGUUCGCCACGCUGUCAGCCAUACCGGGAAGAAGUCUUUCAAAUGUGACGUCUGUUCGAAGUCCUUCACCUUGAACGUGAACCUCAAACGACACAUGCUGUCUCACACGAGAGCCCACCCUUACACGUGCGGCCUCUGCAAGCAGGGAUUCCCCCAGGCCUGCGAUCUGAAGAAACAUAUGGUCGUUCACACGGGAGUCAAGGACUACACGUGCGAGGUGUGCUCCAAGACCUUCGCGUGGAAGUCGAACCUGACGAAGCACGCGCUCAUUCACGCCGGCGUCAAACGCUACCAGUGCAACGUCUGCUCGAAGACCUUCAGCCAGAAGGAGUCGCUGAACGGUCACGCGUCGACGCACACGUCGGAGAAAGCGUUCGCGUGUGACGUGUGCGGCAAGGCGUUCCGCAAGCGGCAGAGUCUGCGCUCGCACAUGAAGUACCACACGGGCGACCUGCGUUUCGAGUGCGGGGAGUGCGGCCAGCGCUUCGCACAGCCGUACAAGCUGAAGGCACACAUGCUGACGCACACGGGCCAGAAAGAGUUCCAGUGUGACGUGUGCUGCAAGCGUUUCGCGUGGAAGUCCAACCUGAACGCGCAUCUCGUCACGCACAGCGGCGAGAAGAAGUACAAGUGUCGCUGGUGCAGCAAGUCUUACACCAGCAAUGCCUGUCUUGUCAGACACGUGGCCAAAUAUCACGCAGAUGUGCAGUAAGUUACACCAGCAAUGGUCGCCUUAUCAGACACGUGGCCAAAUGUCACGCGGAUAUGUAGUAGUUUUACACCAGCAAUGACCGUCUUGUUAGACACGUGGCCAAAUGUCACGCGGAUAUGUAGUCGGUGGUGCAGUAGUCUUACGCCAACAAUGGCCGUCUUGUCAGACACGUGGCCAAAUGUCAUGCGGAUAUGUAGUCGGUGGUGCAGUAGUCUUACACCAACAAUGGCUGUCUUGUUAGACACGUGACCAAAUGUCACGCAGAUAUGCAGUCGGUGGUGCAGUAACUGUUAAGCCAGCAAUGGCUGUCUUAUCAGACACGUGACCAAAUGUCACGCAGAUAUGCAGUCGGUGGUGCAGUAACUGUUACGCCAGCAGUGGAUGUGUUAUCAGACACGUGACCAAAUGUCACGCAGAUAUGCAGUCGGUGGUGCAGUAACUGUUACGCCAGCAGUGGAUGUCUUAUCAGACACGUGACCAAAUGUCACGCAGAUAUGCAGUCGGUGCUGCAGUAGGUCUUUUACCAGCAAUGGCCGUCUUGUUAAACACGUGGAUAUGCAGUUGGAAAAACAGUGAACAGUGCAUCUUCAAGGUAUGCAGCUAAAAAAAACACUGACCAAUAAUGAUCGGUAUAUGCUGUCCAAAAAACCCAGUGUCUAGGUAUUAUCAAGGUAUGCAGUAAAAAAAACCCAGUGUCUAGGUAUUAUCAGGGUAUGCAGUCAAAUAAAGAGGAAUGAAGUAUCAUCGGCGUAUGCAGCUGUAAAACCACUGACCCAGUAUCAUCGAUGUAUGUUGUUAAAAAAAAAACAAUAAAAAAAACCCCAGUGACUCGGUAUUAUCAGGGUGUGCAGUCGAAAAACCAGUGAAGACAGGUAUUCUCAAGGUAUGCAGCCAAAUAAAAAACGAACCAAAUAUCAUCGUCGUAUGAAGCUGGCCAAAUUCACUCUUGGCCAGAUGAAUAGUGCAGUGAGCUGUUUGACAUCGCGUGAAUACUACUCUUAACUCACACGGGUGUUCAAUCCAGGUGUUGGAGGCAAACACAACGGCAUCCAGAUAUAUUCUGACAUUUUUGGCAUUUCAGCUAAUACCAUAUUCAUGCGCCGUUGAUGGUGGGGGGGGGGGGGGGGGGGAGAUAUAAUGGAAAGGGAUUGAGAGAGAUGGGGUGGGAGGAGGGAGGAAGACGUAGUGAGAUACAGUUUCAGGUGGUUGGAGAGAGCAAGUGGAUAAUUAAUUCGGUAAAUAUAAAAAUGUUUCAGCCAUGCUGGCUCAUUGUGCGAAUGUGUUUAUUAGUUUCUGUGUGUGUGCUUGUCUUGUUUAUUUUUUUGUUUUGUAUUUAUGAUUGAUAUUUGUUUUGUUUUCUUUGUUUCCUUCCCAUCUAUCAAUAAAUAUUUUCGCUUUUC